AACGCUCAGGGAGAAACUGCCGUAUUCACCGCCCAUCGCGCCUAGGGAGAAGCCGAGGCUGCAAAGCACUGGCAGAUAGUGAUGAAGGGUUUCGAGAAAUUCUCAUUGCCGUGUGAUGAUGCGCGUCAUGAUGGUUCCCAAAGAUUCCGACGCGGCAGCAUAGUCCAAGGCAAACCCUAGGCCGUUCCCCACCUGUAUUUAACCAAAUUUAAUAGAGCGCAUAAAAGCUAUCAUGUUAUAUGGCCCUUACAGAAUGCGGGCCUUAAGAUGCCGGUCCUGCAGCGUGGUCCUAUGUAGGCCCUUCUGAGCCGAAAGAAAAGCAGGCCAAGUGUUACAUCCCUCUGUAGCAACCAUCCCCAUCGCAAUCCGCCAUGCCGGCUUUAAGAUGCCGAUGCUGCAGCGCGGUCCUCCGCAAGCCGUCCGCCGCGCUGCUGUGCCAGCCGUGCAAGGUGGUGGGGUCGGGGGGGACCGUGCACGUGCGGCCGGGCGUGUGGCGGCUGGCGCAGUGGCGGGUGAACAACUGGCGGGUGCAGUUCGGCCGGAUAAGGCACCUCCAGGAGCUCGCGGAGGAGAUUCAGAGCCGCGGGCUGCUGCUGAUCAUCGCGGUGGUCGUUCUGGCGUAUGCCAUGUCACUGACCAGCUCGUCCUUCCUCCUCAACGUGCCGGUGGCCCUCGGGAUCCUCGCUGCUGCUCGCUGGCUCAUGCUCGAGCUGCAGGCGCGAGCCAAUGCCAGCCUGCCACGUGUGCACUACGAGCAGGUGCAGGUCCCCUUCAAGCCAGUCUCGCACGGCGAUGCCCUCCCCUGGCCGUCUGAACCGCUAGGGCUAGCGCUGGUGGGGUCGCCGCUGGUGGAAGCUUCUCUUGACGACUUCGUGCGCUCCAUUAUCAAGGACUUCGUGACGGGGCAGUUCUACGCGUACCUGACGCCAGACCGGGAGAUGCCGGAGGAGCUGCGCUGCCUGCUGCUCGCCGUGCUGGGGGAGGUGGCGCGCCGGGGCAAGAAGGUCAACCUCGUCGCACUGCUCACAAGGGACGUGGUGGGUGCGGUUGUGGGGGCGGUGGAGCAGUACCAGCGCACGUGUGCGGACAUCGGCGAGGGGCAGUGGGGGCGCCUGGCACCUGUGGAGAGGGAGGAGCGCCUCAAGCACACCAUGGGGGCGUCGGGCGACCUGCACCCCGCAUGCCUCUCCCUCGAGUGUGAAUACAAGGUGGUGCGCAAGCUAGUGGCAGGGAUGCUGGCGUUGGUGCUGCCGCCCAGUGACGCGCAGAGCAAGGUGGUGCGCAGCUUGGCCCGGGAGCUGCUCUCCUGCUGCGUGCUGCUGCCUGCGCUCAAGCAGGCCAACCCCCGGGUGAUCAAUGACGCCAUUCUCUCCUUCCUCGAUCCGCAGCCCGCCUCUGCCACGUCACAACCACCCUCUGCAGCUUCAGCCGCUGCUGCCGCCUCUGCCCCACCACAAGCCUCGGCUGCAGCAACAGCAGCCACUGCAGCAGCGGCAGCGGCAGCGAUAGCAGCAGCUGCAGGGACGUCAGGUGCGGGAGGAACAGGAGUGUCAGGUGGGGGAGGAACAGGAGUGUCAGGUGGGGGAGGAACAGGAGUGUCAGGUGGGGGAGGAACAGGAGUGUCAGGUGGGGGAGGAAGAAGCAGGGGCGGCAGAGGUGUAGGGCCGGCAGCAUCACCUCCGAUUUUCGCUGCUUCUGUGUCUCCUCUGGGCUCUGCUGCUGCUUCUCUUCAGCAGCAGAGGCAGCAACACCAACAGCAGCGGCAGCAGAGUCAGCCGCAUGAGCAAUCGCAGCAACAAUUCACGUCCCAGCAAGGGCAGAUGCAGGGGAUGGGCUCCCGGAUGGGCGCCUCCCUGAGAAGACGAAUCCCUCGCAGCCGCAGCAGGCGAAUGAGGGCCAUGGGAUCGCCCAGUGCAGGUACAUUUGGGGGAGGUUCACCUAGCGCAGGUGGCACGCUCGGGGGAGGUGCAUUCAGGGGAGGUGGAUAUGCGGCAGGCGGCGCACAUGGCAUGGGUGGCAGAAGGAGCAGCAGCAGCAGCAUGCGGCGGCGUGCUGUGCUGGGGUUGGGGGGAGACAGUGCGGGGGAUGAUGACAGCUUUGCGGAGGGGAACAGCGAUGGCGUGGCGGGGAUGGGGUUCAGUACAGACGAGGAGGAUGCACAGAUUGCGGAAAGCAGAGCGCCUCAUGGUAAGCUGCAGGGGGAUAAGCCAGAAGGGGGCAGGCAUGGGGAGGGCGCAGGGCACAGAGGCCGCCAUCAGGCCGCGGCUCCUGAAGUGGGAGCAGCAGGCUCCUCUCAGGUCGCAGCUCCCCAGAAACCGCCUCCCCAGGAUAAGCCUGCCCAGGGCAGGCUGGCUGCUGGGCUGCUGCAACCUAUGAGCGCGUCCUCGUCCCUGGCCUCCCUCGCCCCUCAGUUAAUCGCUGCCACGCCUCUCCCUCUCCGCCCCUCUGGCCCCUCUGGUGGGUCAGGGGUAUUUGGGGGCUUAGAGGGGUCUGCUGCUGGUUUCUCUGGCAGUCAAGGCACGUUGAGCAGCAGUGGGGAGAGGCACGGGGGUCCUGCUGUCUGCCCCCCUGCUUCGUGCCCGCUUGAUUCUUCUUUCUCUGCUGAGCCUGCACCUGGUGCGGCUCCCGCUCUCCCUCCCCCUCCUCAUGCUGCCUCUGGUCCUUUUGGUGAAAAGGUUGGAGGCGCUUCUGUGGCGGCUGCUGCUGAUAGGCCAAGCCGGCCGGGGGGAGGGGAAAGGGGGCAUGGUGGGGAAAAGCUAGGGUGGGGGAGGAAGGAUGCGGUGUUUGGCAGGGUUAAGAGUGAGCCACACGAGGGGGGUGGGAGUGGGGGCAGUCGUCAAGGGGGGGACAGCCAAGGGAGGGAUGGAAGUGGGAUGAGCAAGGUCGAUGGCGUGCGGUUACAGGGUGACGACGAGGACUUUGCGCAGGCGUUACGGCGUUACGAGCAGCGACAGCUGCAGGUGCUGGACAGCGAGCAGAUUGACGACCUCUGGUACACCGAUGGGGUGCACCUGCACAGGAACAAGCGAGUGGUUACCAACGACAGCACGCAAGUGAUAGAUGGGAGCAACAGCAAGCAACAGCAGGUGGUUUACUACGGCAACAGCGACAGCAACAGAUGGGUUGUUCCUAAGGAGGAGCAAGCAGUCCUUGCAGAGAGCCAGCAGCAGCAGGCAUUACCACCCCGACCACUGCCUCCUCCUCACCCUGGGACCACACAAUGGGACGCAGGCACAGGGGUCGCCUCCCAGCAGGUUGCCCCGCCGCAGUCACAUGAGUCAAGCAGAAGCAGCAAGAGAGGCCGUGAGAGGGGUGGGGUGGGGCAAGUGGCGGAGAGGGGCGGCAAGGGGGGUAUGAAGGGGCAGGGAGCUGCAUUGAGAGGGCCGGAUGCGGAUAGGAGGUGGCAGGGGCUGGGAUGCGAUGAGUCCAGGGAAGCUGCUGCAGGUAGAGCAGGCAGCGCUGCUGGCAGUGGUGCUGGUAGUGGUGCUGGCAGUGGUGGUGGUGACAGGUUUGGUGGUGGUGGAAGAAAGGGGAAGAAUGAGAAUGUAAGGGAGAUGUUGUGGGAGUCUCUUUGCUCAAAUGAGGAGCCUGGUAAUCUGAAGAGAUUCUCUGGUGGCGGUAACACUGCUGGAUGUGGUAACCGCAGCGGAGGCACGCGGGGUGAGCGAUGGAGCGAGGAGCUGGAGACAGGGAUGGCGGUGCGCGGCCUCGGGUUUCUGGUGGAGAAGACGCCAGGGACGAUGCAGAUGAUGCAGCGCAAGGGCGGUGGGGGCGCGGGGGGAGGGGGGGGAGGAGAAUCAGGAGCGGAUGCAGCAUUGGCUGGAGGAAGAAGGUUGGCCCUCUCUCCUAUUGACGAAGCUGGAAGGCUGAGGCAGGGAGUGAAUCCAAGCACAGGCGCAAAGGCGGUCUCAGGGACAGGAUCAUCACUGUCACAGUCCCAGUCUCAAGGGGGCUGGGCGGGUGUGUGGGCCACAGGUGCGUUCUGGUCGUCUACAGCAGCAGCUCCGGCUGCAGCCACAGCGACUGCAGCCGCAGCAACUACUGCAGCAGCGAAAGGUGCAGCCGUGGUGGUUGGUGAGGCAGACAGAACCCAAGCCGAGAUGAGGCCCAAUGCGGGGCCAGCAGCAGCAGCAACAUGGCUGAGCCUCAUAGGCGCUGGGCCCAGGUCGGACCCAGGUGCCAGAGCAGCAGCAGGUGUAGGUAGUGACAGGGCAGGGGCUGCAAGCACGGGGGCUGGGCGAACUGGGGCUGGGGUAAUACGGUCAGGGGUGGGGCCUGGGCGGGGGAGUUCGGCUACAGGGGCAGCGUGGCACGCGGGCUCUGCCUCGCAGGGGGAUGGAGGUGGGGAUGAUGCCAGGUCGGUUCUCUCUGCGGCUGCUGCCACUGCUGGAUGGGUGGAGAGGAAUCUAGCAGCGUUUGGGCUUACUGGGGCGUUUAGGAUGGGAGUAGGUGGAGUGGGGGGUGGGGGUGAGAGAGGGGGGACGGGAGGGGCGAGAGUGGGGGAGGUGAGGGGAGUGGGUGGGGGUGGGGAUGAUCGGGUGCUGAUGGUGGAAGCAGCAGAGAGGGACCCGCUGAGUGUGGUGCAGCAAAGAGGGGAGCAAGGGGAGCUAGGUGGGGAGAGGGAAGGGCGGAAGGGGGAGAAACAGGAAGAGGGGCAGCAGCAGGUGCUGCAGGGAUGGCAUGGGGGUGGGGAGAGGGUGAUUGGAAGCAAGGCGACGGUGUAUGGAGAUGCGUUUGGGGAGGUGAGAUGGAGAGCAGGAGCGUUCCUAGACUUGGACGGUUUGGCGAUGGAAGAAGGGGAAGAGGAGGACGAGGAGGACGAGGAGGGGGAAGGUGGGGGCGUGCUGUUGAGUGCACGUGUGAAGGGGCGUGGUAAGAGGCGUGCAUGGGACGGCCCUGCUGCUCCCAUUGGCGAGGGCAGGGACCCUGUCGAUGAGAACGGACAAGGGCCAGGGUUGCGGCCUCCUUGGUUGCUGGAGAGUGAGUGGCUGCAGCAGCAGCAGCAGCGGCGGGAGGAGGAGCAGGCGCAGCUGGAGAUGCAGCAGUACCUGGGCAUGGGGGCCGUGAGGGGAGCUGGGGCCAUGGGCGAGGGGGGCAAGGGCCAGAGCAAGGAGAUGCGGGCGUUUGGGGAGGGCUGUGAGGGCCGGCAGAUGCACGCUCAGAUCGUAGGGGCGUUCUCAGCGGAGUCGAGGGGCGAGGCCAUUGUGGGUUACUCCAUUGCUGUCACUGGCCUCGAUGGUUCUGCAUGGAUCGUCAGGCGCAGGUACCGCAACUUCUGGCAGCUGCACCAGCAGCUGAAGCGGCGCAGCCCGUCAGCAUGCAGCCUGCAGCUGCCGCCCAAGCGGUUCUUCCAUGGCGGGCGGGACGAGGAGCUCAUCCGGCAGAGGCUGCUGCAGCUGCACGCUUAUGUCAAGGGCAUCAUGGCUCGAGAGGAGCUGGCCACAUCACCAGAGGUUAUCGACUUCCUUGCCCCCGACUCCAAGGCCUUUGAUUCCAGCAUCACCAUUUCAAAGUCCAUCUCUUUCGCUGUGAGUGUGGAUGAAGUGGCAGACGACACGCAGUGGCAACGCGUCAGAAGCACAUCCCAGCUGCAGCUGCUCUCCUCCAUUGCUACUAACGGGGAUGACACCAGCUCUAUUGUUACUCCCCCUCACUAUAGUCACCAUCCCUCUCGACCAAACAGCAGCAGCCACAUGGCACGAGAGGAAGCAGCUAGGAAGCGGGCCGGUAGAGGAGAAUAUGAGGGUACUGGUAGAGUGAGGAGUGGGGAGGGGGAAGGAGGAGGAAGGGGCAGUAGGGGUGGUCAAACGGGGCAAGGGGGGCGAGCAGAGGGGGGGUUGUUUAAAGGAGAGGGACGUCCGUCUACUGUGUGGGAGGCAGCAGGGGAGUGGUCACAUGGGGGUGAGGGUGGGGUGUUGGGAGCAGACAGGGGGGAUGCUUGGGCUGGCCGGGAGAUCCGCAGUGAGGGAGGGAGGAGAGGGGUUGGGGGGGGAUUGAAGAGCCAUGCGGGGCCUGCACGGGGUGGAAGCAUGAGGGAUGGAGGUGUGGGGAUGGAGGGGGAGAGGGAGGAGGAGAGGGAGGGGGAGAGGGAGGAGGAUGUGGAUGAUGUGUUGAGCUAUGGCUCCAGGCAGAGCCUGGGAGGCCUGGAGUACGCUCUGCAGAGAGCACAGGGGGGAGGGGUGCAGGCAGGAAGGCAAGGGGACAGGAGAAGGGAAGGGAAUGGAGGGAGCAGUGGGGGUUCACGGUUGACGCAGCAGCAGGAUGGCAGUUUGAGUGAGAGCUCUGGGGAUGGCUUGGAUGGAGGCUCGGGAGAGGGCUGGGAGCAACAGGAGUGGCAAGGAGGGAGGAGCGGUGCAGAAAGUGAGGAUGAGGAGCAGGGCGCUGAUGGUGGCAGGGUGGGGGCAGGAGGAGAGGCAUCGUUUAGAGGGGGGGAGAGAGGAGGGGAUGGUAGUAGAGAGGGUGUGGCACGCAUGGCUGAUGGGGACUUGGGGGGGGGUGAAGCGCCAGCAGGGUUUAUGGAGAAUGAUGAUGGCGAUGACGGUGGGGGUGAGGUGGAGGAGGAGGGGGGGGGUGAGGUGGGGUUGCCUGCAGGCGGCUCACAUGCAGCAAUGGAGGGAGGGGCCUUGGAAAGGGAAGGAGCUGUGGAAGGGCGUGAUGAUGGGAGGACUGGCCUCGGGAGUGGACAAGAGGCCACGGUUCCUGCUGAUUGGACGGCUGCCAAGCUCAGUGCGCCGCUGCUGCGCCUGGUGGAAGUGCUGUUGCACCUCGACGACCAUGGCUGGAUCAGGCGUCAGGUGGUGUGGGUGGCGCGCCAGGUAUUGGAGCUGAGUAUGGGGGAUGCCAUUGACGACUUCCUGCUUUCGCAGAUCCAGAAGCUGCGCACCGAAGCCACUGUGGCCACCAUCAUUCGCUCCCUGCACCAGAGGUUGUGGCCGGAUGGCAUAUUCUACUCGCGCCACCCGAAUUACCGGGCCACUAUUGCAGCCUCCAACUCCCGCGCGGGCGCCUCUGCUCCUGCUGUUUCUCGUCCCGACCCUCUCGGGCUCAACGUCCCUCCAGAGUCCUUUCAGCAGCGACUGGAAGCUGCUGACAAGGCAGCUAGAGUUCAUCAGCUUUUGCUUGAAAUGGCACCGGCUUCGAUUGUUCCGCUAAUUGGUUUGAGGCACUACCAACGAUCAGUUUCGGACCUCUUCAGCUUUGUGCAGUCACAGGUGUGUGUAAAGCAACUGGCACAUACACUAGUGGAAGUUGUGAUUCUAGCUCUGUUUCCAGAGUUGCACGUCGUUGUUGCUGAAAUCCGCCAUGGCCUUAUCUAAGCCACAAGGUUUCAAGGCUUUCCAUUCCAUCCACCCAUGCCAUGAAGCACAUCU